AUGACAGCUAUGUUGGGUCCCACCCAGACUGAGGUAUAUAAAAGGCCCUGUGCAGGGUCACUGGGCAGACUGAAGUCACUCACUCUCCUCCUCUACCCAAGGACAACCUCAACAACCAGCACCAUGUGUGGCUACUACGGAAACUACUAUGGAGGCCGUGGCUAUGGAUGCUGUGGCUAUGGUGGCCUGGGCUAUGGCUAUGGAGGCCGUGGCUAUGGAUGCUGUGGCUAUGGUGGCCUGGGCUAUGGCUAUGGAGGCCUGGGCUAUGGCUAUGGAGGCCGUGGCUAUGGAUGCUGUGGCUACGGAGGCCUGGGCUAUGGCUAUGGAGGCCUGGGCUGUGGCUAUGGCUCCUGCUAUGGCUCUGGCUAUAGUAGACUUGGUUGUGGCUAUGGCUCUGGCUAUGGAUGUGGCUUUGGCUACUACUGA